AUGCGCGAUCAGCAGCUGUUCGUGACAUCCGGUUGGUGCGUCACAUCCGCCCCCCGCUGUCACCUUCCGCCGACGCCCCCCCACGUGGUGGCCAUGUGCGCCGAUUGGGAGUCGCAGGCGCUGGGUGCCAUCGCUCCCGUUCUGUUGCUGCUCUUUGUGUUGUUGGUGGUCGCGACGCAAUACACGUUCACAGCUUCGUGCAAGGACACGAGGACAUGUCGCGUUAACUUUGCGGAGGAGGAGCUCCGCAAGAAAUUGAGCCCCCUUGAGUUCCACGUGACCCAGGAGAAGGGCACCGAGCCUGCCUUCACAGGGAAGUUUGCGGAGCACAAGGGUAAAGGGACGUACGGCUGCGUCGUCUGCCAAGUGCCACUCUUCACAUCACAAGCAAAGUAUGAUUCUGGCUCCGGAUGGCCCUCGUUCUACAAUAUCAUAAGUGCAAAUGCGGUCUCGCACUCCAAAGACCGUUCGCAUGGAAUGCACCGAACUGAAGUGACAUGCGGCCAGUGUGGGGCACACCUGGGCCACGUGUUUGACGACGGGCCACCCCCCACAGGGAAACGCUUCUGCAUUAACUCCGCCUCGCUGACCUUCAACCCCGGCGCAGAGGAAGAGGGUGGCGCUGAGGCUGUGGAAGAGGCGCCCGUAAAACCGGAGCUGUGAAAGUGUGCACAACGCGGAACCCUUUUACGUUAGCAUUUUAUUCGUGGAAAUGUCGUAAAUUAAGAUGCAACUACAAACAUACUGUUGGCUUUUAUCUUUAACAGUGGCAUAGCAUGCUUGGCAUAGGCUUUGGUGCAGGGAAUUAAAUGACGUGGCUGCCGCCCUGUCCAAUUUCUCAUCUCUCUUUGGAACCUGCCGUCUGGGCCUCUUGGGCCACCGGUUGCAGUUGCACCGACUGCACACUCGAUAGCUAAACAGACCGAUGUUGAUAAAUCACUAGAGCGUAUGCGAUGGUGGCGAUGCCAGGCUUUAGAUUUAGAGAAUAUAUUUUUAGGAUCAAUGAAACUUGAAGCUCAUGUUUUACAGUUCGAGACACAGCUAAAAUACACGCCUAAAGAAAAAGGGGUGCCUGUUUAUUUGGUUUUAUAUUUACACCUUGUGGAUGUCGCUUGUAGCAACCAAAAUUAAUUGCACUUAAGUAAUGUGCAUGACAACCCUCCGCUGCAGGGACAGAGUUGCCCGCGUGUGAGGUGGUUAAAAAAAAAUAGGUGACCGAUCUACAAGUGUGGGAUGUUAUACAAUACAAGUUGGAUUUUGGACCGCAUCCCAACAGACAAAUUCAGGAACCUAAACAGGAGGUGGAUUUCUCCACAAAUCUGACUGCCGCCUGUUGAUACCGGUUGUAAUUAUUUGGCGAAAUGUCCUACUCAAGAUUGCAAAUGUUGUGGAUUUGCUCUCCAACACACCGGUGUGCUGUACUAGUAACGAUUUGACAUGUUCUGUUUACGUGACGAAACUUACUAAUUGGCUGUGUCGGGUGGUGGCGGGUUUAACAGCACAUUCAUAUUUACGCGAUCUAACCCAAAAAACCUGUAUUAUAGAUUCUAUUGGUCGAGAAAGCCUCGUGUUAAAAUAUGCUGUCACAGGUUUUGAACUAUCCAUUCCUUUCUCUGAUGGUUAUUUGUUUAAUGUCUAGAUUUUUUUGCACACAAAUUGUAGGCCUAUAUAUAAUGUUGUUGCAUCUUGGUCUAGCUACCUGCCCAUUAGCUUGUACUUGUCCCCUAUGAAGAGGCACACGAUUAUUAAUGGUAAGUUUUAUUAUGAAUCGUAUACUUUUGUGAUGGUGUAUGCAAUAAUGUUCAAAUAAAGGUCAUUCAAUGGA